GCGUCGCGUAGUUACUUGGACGGUGUGAUGUGACGUCAAGGAAAAGUCCAAGGGAAGGCUGAAAAGAACGAAGCGCGGAAGGACGGGGAGCUUGCGUGAUAGGCCCCGACAGAUGUCGGCAGGGAGAGGUGUUGUGCAAGUGCGCAUGCAAGCAAGAUGCUCCUGAUGUGACCGGUGACCUCUGCGGUGGUCAAGUCGGGGGUCACCAGAGAGGGUUGGCUAGAGGUAACAAAUCCAGAAAAGGGAUGACAACGAGCGGCGACCACGGAAGGCUCCAAGAAGAAUGCAAAGCUCAAAGGUGAGGAGGAAGAGGAGAGGGUGGUGACGUCAAGACGGUCGUCGGCGCGGCCGGUCUGCCGGGGAUCAGAAGAGGACAGGACAAGUUGUGGAGACGCGCCGAGCGCUGCACGAGCCACAGCUCCCCACUCCUUCAACAGGCCGUCCCUCCGCUCCUUUUCUCUUUUCGUCCUCUACACCUACCAUAGAUACCCCACUGCUCCGUGUGUGCAACGACUAUGCCGACCUCGUCGCAGCAGUCGACAGCGCCCCCGAACUCGCCCCUGGCAGGCACAUUCAAGCAGCUCAGACUGGACCGCGACCUGCACUCACGAACGGUGCGUGUCGAAGAAAAGCUGGAGGACGUGACGAUGUCGGACGGGGACGACGUCCGUGGCCGACAGGAGGGGGAGACGGAGCGAGAGAAGCAGAAGCAGCCAGGUCGAGGCAGCCGUCCCACUCUCGGUCGCAGGACGACAUCGUACUCGAAGCGUCACUCGUCGCUCGACACUCCCCGCGAGGUUCCCGCCCCCUUCCGUUUCUUCGACGACCGUCCGACUUCAACAACGUCGUCCCACGCCCACCACCAGCCCACCCACUCUGCGCCAUCCAACGCCCCUCCUGGUCAGCACCAGCUCCAGUCCGAUGUACCUUUGCAUGAAGACGACCAGCCGCCCGCGUACGACUCCGCUCCCACACAGCUCCCCAGCCCCCCUCUCCUAGCUCGCGACCCCCGUCCUCUCCCCUCUCCUCCCGCAAACAAAACUUCCAAGAACAUGCUCGACCACGGCGCAGACUUUAUUUUCCCCCCCUCCCUCGACUCCGCCUCCCUUCACGACUCCGUCGUCCGUCACACGCGCGACGGCUCCGGAUCAUCAGCCACCAACUCCCGUCCCGCGUCACCACGUGCCGCCACCCCGACCCCCGUCUACCCUUUCAACCGUCCCUUUUCC